AACGGCCAUGGCUGAACAGGUGUACAUUGUGUUGUAGUCCAUUUAUUAUGCAUAUAUAGCGAGUGUAUUAUAAGAAAAACAUGUGCCGCUAACUUAUCCAAAGGUUAAGGUUAAACCAAGCGCAUUUAUUAAUUGCACAACUCUUGCUAGGCCCAGGCAUGACGUCUGCCAAGCCACAGAUAUUAAUUAUUGAGCCCUUUUUCGGCGGCAGUCAUAAGCAGCUGAUCGACACAUUGGUCGAAUGCCUAAAUCUGGCCGACUAUGAGAUCUUUAGCUUGCCCGCUAAGAAGUGGCAUUGGCGUGCACGCACCUCAGCGCUGUACUUCUCGCAGCUGAUUCCGCCGGAACACGACUACAAAGUGCUCUUCACCAGCUCCGUGCUCAAUUUGGCGGAGCUAAUUGGUGUGCGUCCGGAUCUGGUUAGCUGCCGGAAGAUUGUCUAUUUUCAUGAGAACCAACUGGUCUAUCCAGUGCGCGAGGUCAAGGAGCGCGACUGUCAAUACGGCCUAAAUGAAAUUCUUACUUGCCUUGCUGCGGAUGUUGUCCUCUUCAAUUCGAACUUCAAUCGCAUGUCCUUUCUGGACAACGUGCAGCCCUUUCUCAACAUCCAGCCGGACUUCAAGCUGAAGCACAUACGCGAGCGCAUCGAGAAGAAGUGCGAAGUGCUCUAUUUCCCCAUCAAGUUCCAUGCCUUUCCCAACAAGCGCCACAUGAUGGAUGCUGAGCUGAGCACGGCGGAGCCGCAUUGCCUGCAUCUGAUUUGGCCGCAUCGCUGGGAGCACGACAAGAAUCCCAAAUUACUGGUCGAAGUGCUGAUGGAGCUGAACAAGCGUCAGGUCGACUUCAAGGUGACAAUCUGCGGCGAGAGCUACCAGGCGACGCCCGAGGCCUUCGAUGGCAUACAACAGAAGCUGGGCGCCAAGCUGAUCAACUUUGGUCACUUGACGCGCGAGGAGUACAUCAAGGCGCUGCUCACCGGCGACAUUGUCAUCUCGACGGCCGGUCACGAGUUCUACGGCGUGGCCAUGCUGGAAGCCACCUAUUGUGGCUGCUAUCCGAUUGCGCCCAACAAGCUCGUCUAUCCGGAGAUCUAUCCCAAAGAGAAUCUCUACAAUACGUCCAAUUCGCUAAUCAAAAUGCUUUACAACUGGUGCCGCAAUCCGGAUAUCUUUCGCCGGCAUCGCGACAAAUUCUUCGACUACUUCAACUUUGAGCGCUACUCGGCCCAGCAUCUGGUGCCCAAGUACAUGGAGAAGAUGCGCAUUACGGUCUAAUCUCCAGUCUGGGGCCGCAACGAAUUUAGUUCUGUAAGCACACACAACGAAAACUUGACCAAUUUUGUUUAGAUCUAGUAGCUGCGCAAGUAGAGGCCAUGCG